CAUAUAUCAAGGUGAACUUAGAAACCCUUCGGGUCAGCUACCCUGUAGCAUGACAACGGAAAGAUUAUGCAAAGAGUAACAAAAUCAGUAUACCAGCAAUUGUAUGGUGAAUGCACAACAUAUGAAUCCCAAUGUUGGCCUAAUAAUAAAUUGAAUUUUUCUUGAUGAUAAGAAAAAGUAUAUUCCAUUCUUGCGGAAUCUAGAACAAUGAAACGAGAGCAAGUGUUAGGGUAUAAUCUAUAAAAAUAGAAGUUGAGUUUUCCACAUGCCAUAGUACGGAUCUAACAUUAGCAGAGAUUACAUCAUGAAAUUGUGCAUAGUUGCCUGGUUGUUGACAUUGUUCACAUUGGGCUUGGGCUAUGAAAUGGCUGGUUUCUUUAAGGAUGCAGCUCAUCCUGGCAAAUGCGUUUAUGAUGGUUUAGUUUUGUCAUCCGGUGAAGAGGGUAAAGUUAAAGGAAAAUGCAUUCGUGUGUUAUGUGGCAAAGAAGGAUUCGCCAGAAUUCAGGGAUGUGGAACUCAAUCCGUUGCCCCUCCAUGUGUAAUGGGUGACUAUAUUAAUCUCGAUGCUCCCUAUGGAGAAUGCUGCAAGAGACACAUUACCUGUCCUUAAUUUGUUGUGACAUUAUGGCGUUGAAUAUUUGGAAAUGCAUCAGAAUAAAUACAAUGAUUAACAGUG